GGCGACAACUGGCAUUAACGGGAUUAUCGAAAAACCUUCUUUAUGUUCGGCGCGGCGUCGUUUUGUUGAUCCCCUCCGCGAAACCUGCACCAAUUUUCGCAAAUAAACCCCAAUUAUCAAUUAAAUUCCAGGCCUCAGUUGUGUUUUACGUUAAUAAUUGGUUGUGUUGUUUAGUAUAUCAUGUGCCGAAUGCCUUCAGAGACGCCAUUUUGAAUGUUAGUGUGUAACUCCCAGCAGCUUGGUGUCACACGUAUUAAAAUAGCUCACAAGUUUGGGGCCUUGCGUCGUCGGAAAAUGUAGUUUUUCGGUGUAAUGUUGGUGUUUGUAGCUUUGUUAAUUUAUCGCCUAAGUUGUUGUUAUGAUUUGUUUAGUGUGCUGGCAAAAUCUGCUGUGAAAGCGGUUCGUGUGGAUGGAUUUGGCUGAGGCAACCUAGUUGUAGUUGAGCUUGUGCGGGCCCUUGGAACAAUACUCUCGGUCGGUAUCUGCUAAACUGCCAGUGAUUACAGUGGUUUCUAUGUUUGUGUUACGCGACUUUGCCGUUUCGAUGGGCCAAUGCAUCAAUAGAACACGUGUGGAUUCGUGAGAAGUUGUGUUCGUGCUUCGCUAUGGCCAAAAUACUGGACAAAGACCCAGCUAUAUAUGAACGGGAGCGGGAUACAUUUCUGAAGGAUCUUCAACAUUUCCACGAAAGUCGAGGGACUCCUAUAAAACGUACUCCAAAGAUCAAUGGAGCUGACGUAGACUUGUACCUGCUCUACGUACUUAUUACUGGGAGAGGAGGCUGGUAUAAGGUGAACGCGAAGAAUGAAUGGGACUUGGUGCUGGAGUCUUUUGGCAAUGUACCCAAGCACUGUGUCAACAGCGGCGUCGCUCUCAAACAAAUCUAUUUGAGAUACCUGGACAGGUACGAGAAGGCGCACUUCUUGGGGGAUGUGGUGGAGCGGACGGCUGAGGAUGAGGAUGACAACAGUCGACAUCGACCCAGGUGGUCGGCCAAGGCAUUCCACACUGUGCCACUUGUAUACAACCAUGCACAGCACAAUGUCUGCGAUUCGAUUCGCACCAGCAACGGCCUGGACACCCGCCUCUACAAGGCAUCCGACUAUGACAGACUAGCUCUGUCUCUGGUGUCACCACUUCCCAACGAGCAGGACUUUGCCAUCAACGUGUGCACUCUGCUCUCGGCCAACGACACCUCGGCCAAGCACCAUCUCAGGCUGCAUCAGCACCCCAGGCUGCUCACCUUCCUCAUGGCGCAUGCUGCUGUCUUCAAUCAUGCGUCGACGCGCGAACUAUUCACAGAGCAGUACGAGAAAGUGCGUGGCUACUCGAUGCGUCACUUCUGGACAGAUGUGCUGGAGGAGGACAGUGAACUGCAUGCCCUGCUGGACGAGACGCGCUUUGUCAAACGCAAGAAGAAGUCGGCGAUCGAGCAUAGCUGUGCGGCUGAUGACGUCGCGACGGCUGUUGGCGACGCGGCUGCGGUCGCGGCGACAACGCGACCUGGCGGCGAGCGGAGGAUGAGGUUAGAGCCGGACGACAAGGACCUGUUCUGCGUGGGGCGCACCCUGGGCACACAGGACCGCUACGGACAGCGCGUGCUGCAAAUCGCGCAGAUUGCGCGCAACCUCUCCUUCGAGGAGGACAAUUCGCAAACGCUCGCCAGCGACACCACCUUCGUGCGAUUCGCGCUGCUCUGCUGCGGCGCCAAAUGGAAUGUGCUCAGGCAGAGUGGUCUGGACAUGUUGACGAACGUGGCGUCAGACGUGGCUCUGAGUGACUCACUGCUGGACCCCCUGCUGGCUGUGGUCAACAAAGGUCUGGAGUCUCAGGACAGGGCGGCUGCCCUCGCCUCCCUCGAACUGCUCAACAAACUCGGCCAGAACGAGAGCAACGAGGAUCUGCUGUUGAGGUGUAUCGAUGAUAAGGUGUACGAGAGGAUCUGCGAACUUCUGACUCUGCAGGAUAUAAUGGUGCUGGUGCACACACUCGAGUGUCUCUACUCGCUCACUUCGCUCGGCGAGCGUUCGUGCAACGCCAUUGUCAGGGUGCAUGGCGCACUCGACACCCUUGUAUCGCUGCUCACUGUUGAGGCACAAAGCUACGGUCCCAAAGCGUGUGUACUGAUGCGUGUUGUGGAGACUGUGUCCACUUCUGCACUGGGCACCACAGCCCCAACACCACAGACCGCGGUGACCACCCCGACACCAGUCAACCUCACCACGGUGCACACCACCACCACCACGCCUGCAUCCCCACAGUUUGUGGUGGCCGCACCUCAACCACAUCUGGUGGUGACGUCACAGCAGUCCGCCAUCACAACGUCACAGCCGUCUCACCUCGUAGUGACGUCACAGCCGCAUCUGGUGGUGACGUCACAACACCAACAGGUGGUCACCACUGGCAGUGGCCAGCACUUUGUGGUGGCUUCACAGGCGGGCGGCGGCCAUUUUGUUGUGACGUCACAGACGGGCUCGACGACGCCGGCCAGGUUUGUGACGUCGCAGAAUCAGCAGAACGUGACGCUGGUGCAGGCGGGUUCGGGAACGGGAGCGUUUGCUACGCAGAGAGUAGUGAUGCCAGUAAGCACAACUAGCACUCAGCAGGUGGCACUAGAGAAUGAGCAGUUUGCUCUGAACUGGUUGCGACAGACAUUCGAGGCGGUGCCCCAGGGUGGUCAGGGGGGCCCGGCUAAGGUGGAGCAGGGGGAACUGUACAAGCAAUACAUCACCAGCUGUGCCAAGAUAGGGCGGCGAGGUGUCAUUGCUCCCAACCAUUUUCCGCGUUGUGUCAGGACGGUAUUCGGUCUGAACGUGGGUCCGAAGCAGUCGGUGGUUGGAGAGAUCACUGUGCACAACUACGAAGGCAUCCAACCGAAACCAACGGCCACCGUCAAAGCAAUACUACCACAAUCACAACAGCAACAGACAACCGUUGUCAUGGCGACGCCAGCCACCACAACAACACUUCCCGCCAUUUCGACAUCGUCGUCCAUCGUUACUGCUGUAAAUGUCGCCACUUCUAUUCCUUCUUCUUCUUCUACUUCUUCCACUUCUGUUCAUUCUGUUAGUUGUAGCACAUCUCCCCCUCCUCCUUCUCUCCCUCCUCCACCUCCUCCUCCGUUGCUUGUGUCCUCCUCUACAUCCACCUCCCCUCCUCCUCCUCCUCUCAAUCCUCCUCCUCCACAGUUUUCCUCUGUUUCGACUUCGACUGCUUCUGUGAACCCCUCCUCCUGUCAGCAGUUUCCCCCCGUUUCGCCCAUUCUCAAGGCACAGCUGUGCGCCCCCCCGAAGCCUCCCUCUAGUGGGGGUCCCGGUGGCGCCCCCAAACGCGAGCCGAAAACUAAGAUGUCCGCGCAUCCCCACCUGAGUCAGGCGUUGUUGGGCGCCGGAGCAGCGACGACAACUAAGACCACUUUGUCGUCGGCCUCUCUGACAACGUCCUCCACGUUGUCGUCGGCUACUCUGACAUCGUCAUCAUCCACCACUUUGUCACCGUCCACAGCGGAGCAGUCUCAGUCAGCGUCCACUUCACUGAUCAAGAGUCUGCUAGCCAACAAGGUAGGCGAUCAGCCAACGGGUAACGUCAAUCAGCUAACCGCCGGCAAUCAGGUGACCGGCAAUCAAGUGAUGGUUGUCACUAGUAGUGCCGCCAACACAGGUAGUGCGGCCACUCUACACUAUCAGCUCACUACGUCGACUUCAGGCAACUUGCAGCUAGAACAGGUGACCCAAAGGCAGCAACAACAACGGAUGAUGCUGCAACAACAGCAGCAGCAGAAUCAGCUGACUGUGAAAUCUGCAGCAUCAGCAACAACAGGACAGAAGUUCAUAGCCACCAAACAGGUGAUGGCCAGAAUCAAUGGCUGUUUUAAGCAGGUGGAAGCUGUUAUGGUUCCUGUAAACGAAGCAAAACCGACUGAUAACGCUGUCAACAACAAUAACAGCAUCACGAGCAGCAGUGACAGUAACAGUGAAGUAACGAGUACCGAAAUGGACCCGGUUACUGGAACGAUUACCCAGCCUACGACAACGGUGGCGGUGGCCGAUACUAGGCAACAGAUCACUGGAACUGUUACCAGCAUGGAAACUGACAGUGAUUCAGUAACUGGAACGGUUACUAGCGAGUCACAGGUAACCAAAAUGGAGAUUGAAGACUCGGACUCCACCACAUCAAGUCUGACAACUGUAUCCAAAGAUAACAUACGCAGUUCUGGCGUUAACACCCUACCCACGGACGAGAGCAGCGAAAACUCAUUGUCCGGUUUUGAAGGUCUACUGAACGGAGUGCCCCACCACUUGCCAGAGAAUGACAUCAGCAAUAGCAAAGAACAACAAAUAGUGACUGCCAAGACAGCAUCAGUAAUCAACUCCAACAGUCAGCCGCCAAUUGUUGAAACCAAUAACCAAAUAGACGACUCGCUUACAAACAAUCAGUCAACAAUUAUUGUGAACCAAACAAACAAUCAGGUGCAAACUAUCAGUCAGGGAAACAAUCAGACAAUGAACGUUCAGACAGUUUUGCAGCAGACAAACAAUCAGAACGUUCAGACAGUUUUGCAACAGACGACAAACAGCAACCAAACAACGAUUGUGAGUAACCCGACAACCAACACCAACAUAAUGUUGGCGGACCUGUUGGAGCGGAGUGUGGAUAGGGCGGCAGUUGAACCGCCUCUGCUGAACGGGUCGCUGCGACUCAUAAAGCGUCCAGCCUCCGUCGCAGUCGCAAACGACAGUAGCGGCGCGGCUAGCGACGCUAAACGACCGCAUCUGAACGGCGACGCUAUGGCUCCACCCACUCCGCCUACGCCGCCGCCAUCUUUGGAAGGAGUAGGAGGUGGAGAGAAGGUGGGGGUUGUUGUCAAGAUGGAGGAGGGGACUGGAGGUGAGGAGGGGAGUGUGUCGUCUUCGGCCGCCAAUCUGUACGCGGCACUGGCUGCCGAUGUUGUCGGCGAGGAUGAAUUGGACGACGAGUGCCAAAUUAUCGGCCAACAACCGUCUCAACAACAACUCCAACAACAGCAACAACAGACCCAGGUUGUUGUUCAACAACAACCACAACAAAACCAGGUGUUAGUUCAGCAACAACAACAGAACCAGGUGCUAGUUCAGCAACAACAACAGAACCAGAUGCUAGUUCAACAACAGCAGAACCAGGUUAUAGUUCAGCAACAACAGAACCAGGUUGUUGUUCAACAGCCACAACAACAGCAGGUUGUUGUGCAGCAGCAGCAGGCUCAGCAGAUGUUGAUCAGUCAACAGCAGCAGCAACAGUUGAUGGGUCAACAGCAGGGUCAACAGUUGAUAAUGGCCGGGACGGGCGGACGGAUCCUGGUGACUGCCUCGGGACAAAUAAUACCUCAACGGGUGGCGGUCAUGGGACAGCAUUAUGUUGUCGCUCAACAGCAGACGGCUUUGGUGCAGGGUCAAACACAAACAGUGCUAGUUGCCCAAACAGCGCAACAACAGGGCACUGGAACCAAAACAAUCAUCAUUCUGCAGCCGUCAGCACAACAAGCUGCCGGUCUAGUGCAACAACAAGUGCAGGUGCAGCAAGUUGCACAGCAAACUGCAACGCAACAAGUUGUUACACAACAACCGCCCAAAGUGAUAGUGCAACGUCUGCAGUCUCCCCCUCCGCCACUGGUCGCUGCGCAGUCGACCAGUACGCAUCAUAGUGCGCAAACGGUCACUGCGCAUCAUGCUGCGCAGACGGUCACUGCGCAUCAUGGUGCGCAGACGGGUACUGCGCAACUUGUCAAGGUUGCUGGUCAGCAGCCGGCUCAGUCCUCGGCUUUUGUGGUGACGUCAGUCGGUGGCCAGCAGUCAUCGCGCACGGUUGAGAGCGGUGUGCAGGCUGGCACUACAGGAGCCGUGAGGCACAGUGGAACAGCAGUGGCGACAUCUACGGUUGUGAGUGGAACUAGUGGUUCGGUAGCCAUGCGAUCUCACUUACGAUCUGUCACGCCUCCAUUCACUGACACCUCCACGCAUGUCAUAGUGUCAACUAGCAGCCAGCAGCAACAGGCGGCCAGUGUACUGGCGGUAACUACUGGCACGCCAACCGUUAUCACAAGUGUCAAGAGUGCAAUGGCUGCUGCCUCUAUUGUCUCCUCAACCUCCUCCUCCUCCUGCCAGUCUCCCCCCACUCUUCCGCCUCUCGUACCCACCUCUUCCUCCGCCUCAUCAAUUUCUUCCUCCUCCUCUUCCUCAUCAGCGACAACGGUUGCUGUGACGUCGGCAGCAGCGUCGGUUGCCAUGGUGACGGCGUCUACCUCCUCAGCAACGGUUGCCAUGGCAACUAGCAGCGCGGGAAAUUCGAAUCAACAGCCGUCGACAACAGCUGUUCCUCAAGGUCAAUUCUUGUGCGAGUGGCGGGGGUGUAUGCGGAUAGUAUCAACUAGCAGCCAGCAGCAACAGGCGGCCAGUGUACUGGCGGUAACUACUGGCACGCCAACCGUUAUCACAAGUGUCAAGAGUGCAAUGGCUGCUGCCUCCAUUGUCUCCUCCACCUCCUCUUCCUCCUCCUCAGCGUCGGUUGCCAUGGUGACGGCGUCUACCUCCUCAGCAACGGUUGCCAUGGCAACUAGCAGCGCGGGAAAUUCGAAUCAACAGCCGUCGACAACAGCUGUUCCUCAAGGUCAAUUCUUGUGCGAGUGGCGGGGGUGUAUGCGUAACUUCCGGUCGGCGAACGAGGUGUACCUGCACGCAUGCGCGGCUCACUGUCCUCCGUCGAGUGGCACCGACUCACUGCAAUGUCUGUGGGAGCGCUGCGACACUAUGCGACGCAAACGGUUCUCGCUUAUGACUCAUCUCUACGACAGGCAUUGCAAUGCAGACGUGCUGCGUAAGAUGGCGGCGCGACGGCGCCAGUUGUCGGCGAGUGGAGCGGGCUCUGCAGGUGGUGGCCGAGCAGGGGCCCAGCAGAAUGGGGGGGAUUCCAGUGCCUCCUCCUCCUCUGCCUCCGCCACGCCGCCUCCGCACCCCGGCUACGCGCCAAAUGCCGCCUUCCACGCCAUCAAGCGGCAUGCACUCGAAUUUGUCAAUCCCAAGGAGUUGCAGCAGAAGUCUGCUGUAGUGAAAGCCGGUCCCCCUCCCACCCCUGUCCAAGUUGAACAGGUCAUACAGGUUCAACAGCAAUCUCAGGUCCGAUCUGAAUUGGAAAAGAGAAAAAAGGAUGACAACGAGGGUCCAGUUACGAAAAGCAUACGCCUCACCUCAGCACUGAUACUACGAAACCUAGUCAUCUACUCCACCUAUGGCAGAAGGUACCUGACAAGCUACGAGCCUCACCUGGCCAGUGUAGCCCUGAGCAACGUGGAGUCAUCGCGCACAAUAGCACAGGUUCUCUUCGACAUGAGCCAACCCAGGUGACUCCCCACAAUGGCUUCCUCAUCACUGCCGCCAUCUUGAAUCACUCCCUCCCCUCUCGACACCCCCGCCUCCUAAUCAACUCAUCUUCAAUCAACGAUACUGUGAAAAGUGAAAUAAUUAUUCUAUCAGCUCAUCUUGAAUCAAAGUUACUGCGAAAAGUGAAAUUAUUCUAUCAACUCAUCUUCAAUUAACGUUUCUGUUCAAACCUAACCUCAACUCUGAAAAGUGAAACGACGUCAUCAAAUCUGUUGCUGCAAUCUCUAAACAUAACCUCAAUUAUUGUAAAAGUUGGAAUUUCGGCUUCAAAUCUGUCGCCAUCAUCGUGAAUUGAAUAUUAACAUAUCGCUCACCUCCAGAAACAUGACUUACCAAGACGACAUCAAAUUUGUUCCUGAGAUAUUUCUCUUUGAGCACUACCAUCCGUCAUUGGAAGAGUUUAAGAAUUGUAUAAGUUUUGUCGUAGCUGUUAUAAUGCUACCCUCAUUUGUUGCGGCUAAAGCAAAAUUCUUAAAACAUAAUUUUUUAGUCAUUGCUAAAGAGCCAAUAUGUUAUCAAUAGUUUUCUCAUUGAAGCUAUCUAUCUACCUUCCAAAACUAGUAAAAUCUAUAUGUUUGUGGAUAAACAAGAUAUUCAGUGACAGAAAAUUUACUUGUUUCCUAAAUACUGUAACUGUUAUUGAGAUUUUGACUUUCAAAAAACGUCCAAAUUUCAAGUUUUUGACCAAAUUUCGAUAGGCGAGUGAUGAGCUUAUCUGUUUUUACUGAACACAAUAAUCGAUUUCUAGUGGCAAACUACGUUAUUGGUUUUCCAAAAUUUGAUUUGAUGACGUCAAUUUUCUCGCCAUAUUGAUUAAGUUAUGAUUAUCAACCCCCUCCCCAACCCCUGUGCAAUCAUCUACCUUCCCAACUACCCAUUGUGACUACAUGUGUGAGAGAGAAAAAACAAUUAUUUGAGUGACUACGUCUUUGUUGCUCCAACUUGUGGAGAGCAGGUUGCUAGAUGACUUCUGUGUAGGAGAGAUUUUCUUGUACUGAGUACUUUGUAAGUGAACAUAUGUGCUGGGUUUCUGAUAACAUUUUAGUGUUGAAAGUCUUUAAAGAAGGUUUCUGGUUAUUAUUUAAUUUAUGAACAAAUGGUGUUGAUUUGGAAUACAGAGAUUGUGCUAAAGUAGCGCAGUUUGUAUUAAUAAGGCUGUUUUGGUUAAUGGCUACAGGAAUGUUAUUUCUUUUCAAACCAAAUUGAAGAAAAGAAUCUUGUUCAAUGGUCAAACAUCGAAAAAUGAUUUCAGACUGGAUCUCUACUUCAAACAUGGUCAGACAUCCAAAAUUCUGAUUUUACUAUGUAUAUUAAGCUAUAAUCAUGAUGUAAAUCCAAUAAUUUUUCACCUGAGAUUUUUACAAGACUCAACAUACUUCCUUAGAGGAUAGAUGUGAUUGAAUUAAUCUACUGAAUUAUUCAAUGUUAUGUAAAUUGUACAGAAUAGGUUUGGAUACAAUUUUAGGACUGAUAACUAAGUUAACAAUAUUAGUUCCUUUCUAUGAAAUUGUAUUACAUUGAAUACAUAAUUUAUCAAGUGAAUGUUUUCUUAAGAACUUUAUACUGACAGUGGACUUAAUAGUCUAUUCUUUUUUUCGUAUCAUUUAGACAAACUAUCAGUACAUGUAUUAUAGUUACGGUUUUUGAAACACGUGAAAAUAUCGAUUUUUAAAAGUUUAGUUAUUUUUGCAAAGAAAAUGUUAGUAGCAGAUGGACGGGGUAUUCCACUUUUUUGUAUCAUUUCUUGUCUAUCAUUGUGUUAAUUAUGACCAUAUAUGUUUUAGAUCAUUAAUAGGAAUUGUUAUUAUUAAAUUUACUUGAACAAAAGGAACAGGACGUUCUAAAUCGAAAACGUUAUGAAUAUUUUAUGAAUAACUGUUUCAUAAAGUAAAAUUUGGGAAUAUGCUAGGAAUUAUUUAUGUUGAAUUAUGUACGUAAUUUUCUUGGAGACUAUUUUUGCUAUAACGUUCUUGUAUAUUAUAUUUUUAUAUCAAUGGCUAUUAAUGUUACCCUCAAAAAUGUUAUGAAAUUCAUUUUUCGUCACUGAAAAACAAUGGAAACCUGUUUAUUGUAUUAUUUAGAAUCUCUUCCGUUUAGUUUUGUAUUUUUUUAUCAUUUUUACUUAUUAUUUUCGACAAAAUAAAAUAUUAUUUUAUUUUCAUGUAUAUUUUGCAUUAUCACGGAACUGAUAGUUCAUUCUCACCCAGUAAAAAUCCUUAUCUUUUUAUUAUACUGAUAUACACACUACUAUACACAGUUAUUUCCAGUAUUUUGUAAAAUAAUGUUUUUCUUUUUCCUAUAUUAAAUUGUUUAUGUUUUAUUUUUCAUUUAUAAAAUGUUUAUUUUUGUGAAUUUGUUGGCAAAUAAUAAUAAUUCCGACCUUAGCUACCAUGAUACACAAUGAAUCGAAACCAAAAACUUCUGAGAAGUUAUAAUUAAUUCAUGGAAAUGAAAAGAUAUCAAUAAUAAUUGACUACAGAAUGAGCAAAUAUAUUUGAUCCAUGUUCAUGAUCGUUGAUCAUGGUCUAAUCCUGAAAAUAUUAUGAUGAAAUUAAAUUAUAAUGAUUAUAUGAAAUUAAUUAUAAUGAUUAUAUUCAUGUUAUAGUGAUACUUAUUUUAUAUUCAAAGAAAAUAAUAAUUUUGAUAAUUAUGUUUAAUCUUGAGUCCCAAAUCCACUGAUUUUAACUCUUUCAAGUUAACCUGACUAGCUUGGUUACGUAAAUAAUAAUAAUAAACAAAUUGAACAAAUAAAAAUAAAUUGUCUAAAUAAUAAAAAACUUAACAUUGGUAACAUUUCUUUAAAUGUGUAUUCAACAUAAUAAUUAUUAUAUAAACUGGGCUCGAGCUCCAAAGUGAUCUAAAUUAAUCAAUGAAUAAAAAAUUACUUAUUGCAUUGUUAUUUAUUUAUUGCAAGUCUUUUAAUAAAUAUGAGUUGUUGCUUGUUGAUAUAAACUAUGUUGAUAUCACAUGGGCUAUGAAAGAUCACUUUAUUUUCCUUUUAAAUAAUUGUUGAUUAACUUAAUUGUUUUUAAAAUUAACGAUCUCCUCCUGUUAGCUAAAAAUGUCUUCAAAAAGUUUUCUAAAAUUCUAUUUAUCCUAUUUAUUCCAACAGAAGAUAUACUACACUUGUGUGCAUAUGAGAGAUUUUCCAAUCUGUCUCAUUUUCAGAAGCUCCAAAGUUUCACUUUUUAAUCUGUAUAUUCAUAAUUUAUCAUAUUUUUAUAUUUAUGUGAUAACUUCUCUAUUGACAAUUCUCUGUUCAUCAUAGAUACUUAUCCAGAAAACAUAAGAACGGCUGGGAAAAAUGUCAAUUCUAUGCAAUACAGUGUAAAGAGUUGAAUAGAUUUAUUAAACGAAAUUCAGUUUUAAACUUGAAAUAUUGAUAAGCUUCUGUUGAAGUUGGCGGCCUUGAUUUGAUGUCAGGGAUUAUUGUUGGUAUUUAUUGAAAGUUUUGUACUUAAAAUAUGUAUCUAGAUUUUUUAAUGCUUCUUAAUAGUGGUGGAACUUGUAACCCCCAAUUCUUCAGUAUUUAUGAAACCUUACUUAUUUUUUGUAUCAUAGAAAGAAAAGCGGAUAACACUAUUGAUUUGAAUAGUUUAUUGUUGGUUAGGUUAUGUACCAUUUUAUGUGUUUAUUAUAUUGGAUAAAUAAAGAAAUGGAAUGAAAUGGUUAACUUAAGUAAUAAGCAUUUUGAGAGAUCGUAAGUUGAUAUGAUUUGAAAUGUCCUCAGAAACCUAGAUACGUCUGUUCACAUUAAACUUACGAACAUUUCUACAAAUUACUAGUAAAAAGUGUAAAUACUGUGUCUUUUAAUCGAAAAGUCUGUCCAGUUUAUGAAUAGUAUUAUUAUUGUCAAUUGUGGCAAGAGACAACUAGGUUAUAUGUUGAGUGAAAAUGUAUCAGUGGAAAGUGUGCGAACUUAAAUGAUAAUUAUUUGGACUUGUAAAAAAUUGCGGAUCUACAAGUUUGUAGGACUAUUUUACUAUUGUACAUGAAUUUUUCGACGGGGAAAAUUUUUCGAAUAAAUUGUGAGUGUGGUACGGUACUGAAAAUCGAUACGAACAUUUUAUCAAAUUAUAAUAAUUAUGGUAAAAGUGAAAAGAUGUAAAAAAUUUGUUUCUAAAUUUUUUAUGUUGUUAUUUUUUCUAUUUAGCACUGUACAAUGUUAUAAAUAUAUUUACAUCAUAGUGAUGAGCUUUGAUUACAAAAUGUAUCUUUUUUUAAUGUAAUUGGAAGCUUCAUGUUUUAUAUAAAAAGGAUAUAUAUAUAAAUUAUAUAUAUAUUGAAAUUGGAAAA